AUGUCAAAACUAAUAUAUGCAUUCGCGACGAGAAAAGCACGAAAUAUAGCAAACUCCAAUGACAAGAGAAUCAGGGACUUCCAAGGACAGAGCAUAGGAUAUGCAUUCGCGACGAGAAAAGCACGAAAUAUAGCAAACUCCAAUGACAAGAGAAUCAGGGACUUCCAAGGACAGAGCAUAGGGUUCCUAAGCAGGUACCACCAGAACAUCAUAAUGUAAGCUUGGACAGCACCAUGUCAUUUUUCUACUAUUAUGUACUUACGCCUGGAUCACUCUUCAAACCGGAUGAAGGAAUUAAUGAAGGGUGAUGAAAAAUAAUAUAGACUGAAAACCAAAUUCCUCUGACGUCGUAAUGUGUAAGAUAGAGAAGCGCGAGAAGGGCUUAUACGUGUGUUAGAAAGAGACAGAAGCAUUUGGUUACCUAGCAACCCGAGUACGAGGUCUCGGACGCCAUCGGCGCACUCUUUCUAAUAUACAAAGGGUACUAUAAAAGUUUUCCAAUAUAGCUUUAUUUAUUGACUUUGUUCA